UCAAGGAAGCUUCCCUGCUACUUGCGACUCAUAUCUGCAGAUAGGACUAUUGAAUGACCACGAUGAAUGCCCGAAUUCUCCUCCUUGUUGCGGUGCUGUCUUUUGGAAUAGUUCAUGCUCAGCAAUGUUACAGCUGUCUCUCCAUCACAUCGGACGGUGACAUGAGCGCCUUCCCAAGCUUGGAUGCAGGGAUUGCGCCUUGUGACGAGAAUUACGAACAAAGUACCAUGGAUUGCAGCCUACAGGGAGGUUGCUUGAAAGCAAACUACAACUUUGUGUACGACAUUGAGGGCCAGGGUAAUGUCGCCACCGAAAUGGUCUUACGGACCUGCGGAGCAGCUGAGGACCAAUGCGAGACCGCCAGCAGAGCAGCCGUCAACGCACAACGAGACGCGAUCAAUGCCAUGCUCCCUUCUACCAUUCAGUUCGUCUCCGGGAGCGGGGCUGCCUGCGUGUGCUCGGGCAAUCUCUGCAACAGGGCCCACACAACAACGCUUAGUCUUGGAGCCCUGAUUGCGUCUCUACUCGUGUCUUAUCUCGCUAUGAAACGGUAAAGUGAGAAUGGGUCCAAGCUUUCUUCAAAAUUCUUCAAAAAGUCUACCCCGCUGAAAGGUAGAGCUGAUUAGAUAGACAAAAAUCUAAAAAGCCCAAAUAUAACUUGGUUUUGAAAAAUGGUGCUCAGACUUAUUUUUAAUAAUUUUGAUUAAUGAGCACAAAAAAGAGUUAAUGAUCGAGCCGGACCUGUAUUGCGAGACAUUUUUUGGUGACGAAGGGUCCUUACAACACAGAUUCGUAAUGUAACCAAAUGGAAUGCAUAAAUAUGUGUGAAGUGACUCGAUACAAACUGUUUCAUUCACCUGAUAAGAAUAACAGUAUUUGAACAGUCACAUUGCAAACUGCAUAUAUUAAAUGUUGCUUGGUAGGGCAAGCCAUACUGUUUGUCCAACCCGGCAACGACUAAUCGGAUUCUAUUGUCUAUUGGAUUACUAUUAUUCUUAUCAGGUGAGUGAAAUAGUUUGUAUCGAGGCACUUCUCAAAGACGUAUGCACUACAUUUGGUUACAUUACGAAAAUAGCCUAUCGUCAGAAUGUAUACUGCUGGCACUUUCGUUAUGAGGAACAUACGUCACAUCCGUAGGAAAUUAACAAAUACAACGCAAUAUGAUGUACACAAUAUUUUCACAGUUUUUUUCUUAGAGGUAUGUUCUAGCAUUAUCUAAAAGUUCCUUAACAGUUCAAACUGUAAAUAGCUGCUAUUUCUAGAACAGUAUCGUUUCUGAUAUCUACACUUAUUUACGGGUGCUUCAUAAUGUAUUGUUCUGAAUUAUUGUAUUAAGCUUUGCUUUGUAAUCUUGGUGUAAGAAUGUGUAUUUUGUGAUUUCUGGGAUGUUCUUUUUUUACUAGAUACCUUUCGUUAGUAAUGUAAUCGUUUCUUGUAAGUUGGUACACUUCAUUUCUUUCAUUUCUAUGUCGUACACAGUAAACUGUAUAACCUUUAUUUAUCAAGAUUAUAAACCAAAUGCUCACAGUCAUUUAAUGAGAAGAGAAAAGAAACACAAAAUCAGGAAAAUAAAUUUGAAUUUUUGGGGCAACAGUGUAUGAAUAAGAAAUAAAUAUCAAAAAUUUAGACAAGAUCUUACAAAAUUAAUGUCUUUUUGUUUUGUUCCAGUUAUAUUAAUAGAGGGGAGCGUUUUCGAUUAUAAAAGAAAUAAUACCAUCAUCUGCGAAUUU